AUCACAUUCGCGCUCGUCAGAAGGUCGUCGCUACCAAAGAGGAAGAGGCGAACGAAAGGGUCCACUUUCGUCAAAAUUUGUCCAAGCGAAGAUAAGCAGACCGUCUGCAUUUCAGAUUUUGAGACAACGACUCCAAUUGUAGGGGCGGAAACAAAACCAUAUUAUUAUACAGUGUCGCUAACGGAAAAUUACGGCACGUGGGGGCGGGUUACCGAUUUUUUUUUUGUGUAACCCUGAUGGUACAUAAGCAGGUAGUAUGAUAACUUGCAGGUCAAUGUUGCGGUGGGUUACCGGGAGUUUAGGGCAUAUUAGUCUGCAUGUUAAUUAAGAGUAGAUCGGGGCAUUUCAUCUUGUGAUAUGUCAGGCAGUUAUUGAAUGAGAUGUCUGAUGCCUACAGUCUAGAUAGCGCACGUCAUAGACAUAAGCUACUUGCGAUACAAUUGUGUUUCAUAAGGAAUUUAGUUGUCGGGAUUGUCUUUAAUUGACUUAGACAUAUCUUAGUCGUGUGUCUUAUCAAUUUCUUGGUCUAUGCUUUGUCAUAAUAUGCAGAAUAACUGUUCUGAAAUAAAGGUUUUCGUCACGUUUAGCGUAUAUGUAAAUUUUAGUGAUAUUAUCUGUUUAGUAAUACUAGCAUAAUAGCCCAUAGCGUAAUUGAAAUUGUUUGGUGGGAGUUAAAGACUACUAGCCUACAAGUUAAAAUGGGAGUGGGGUCCGAAAAUGCAGCAUCCACCACCAAACUAUCCAUUCGUCAUGGGGUAUACAAAGAGGAGACGAAUAUCGCUCUGAAAGCACCCUUAAACGUAGAGGGUAUGUUACCAAAGAAAGUGGGGCACGUGACGGCAGAAAGAGCCAUCUGGGGUCGCCGCAUUGAGUUUGUCCUUGCAUCGGUGGGGUACGCGGUUGGACUUGGGAACGUGUGGCGGUUUCCAUACCUCUGCUACAGGAGCGGUGGAGGUGCCUUCCUCAUUCCUUACUUUCUCAUGCUGUUUCUGUGUGGAAUCCCUCUGCUCUUCAUGGAGUUUGCCAUUGGGCAGUAUACCCGACUGGGACCAGUGCACGCUCUAGCCAAAAUCUGCCCCUUGUUCAAAGGUGUGGGCAUUGCCACAGUCGUGAUCUCCUUUGUGCUCUGCACCUACUACAACGUUCUCAUGUGCUGGGCGCUCUACUACUUCUUCAACUCAUUCCGAGCCACCUUCCCCUGGCAGUCCUGCAACAACACCUGGAAUGCUGUCGGUAACUGCUCCAUCGGUUUCCCUGGCAACACCACCCACUUGCAUUCGGCCAGUCAGCAAUACUUUGAUCACAGGCUUCUGGAGAUAACCAAUGGUAUUGAGGAGGCAGGAGGACUACGCUGGGAGCUGUUUGGACUCCUUAUCCUGGCCUGGGUCAUUGUCUACUUGUGCAUCUUCAAAGGUGUCAAAUCCACUGGCAAGGUUGUUUAUUUCACCGCCACGUUCCCAUACUUCAUGCUGUUUGUCUUGCUCAUCAAUAAUGUCCAGCUUCCUGGAGCCAAGAAUGGGAUGCUUUACUUCCUGAAGCCUAAGUGGAGCAAGCUGCUUGAUGUUCAGGUGUGGGUUAACGCUGCAGCCCAGGUAUUCAACUCCAUUGGAAUAGGAUUUGGUACCAUGAUCUCCAUGGCCAGUUACAACAAGUUCAACAAUAACAUCCUCAGGGACACAUUGAUUGUCUCCUUAGCUAACUCGGCCACCAGUAUCCUGGCUGGUUUUGUGAUAUUCUCAGCCAUUGGCUACAUGGCUCAUGUCCACAACCUCCCAGUAGACAACAUCGCCACAGAUGGUCCUGGGUUGGUGUUUGUGGUGUAUCCAGAGGUCUUCUCCACUAUGCCUCUGCCCCAGUUGUGGGCUCCUCUGUUCUUCUUCAUGCUUCUCUGCCUGGGACUGGACAGUCAGUUUGCUAUGGUGGAGGUGGCGGUGACGUCCAUAAUGGACGGCUGUGGCCCCAAGGUGCUGCGUGUCCUGAAGAGACAGGAGAUCAUCGUUCUGACUGUCUGUGUUAUUGGCUUUCUUCUAGGCAUUCCUCACAUCACUAAGGGGGGAAUGUACGUAUUCCAGCUGAUGGACCACUACACUGCUGUGGUGUCCCUCAUGUUCCUGGCUUUCUUUGAGGUCCUCGCUGUCUGCUGGGUUUUUGGACUGCGGCGGAUGACCAUCAUGAUCAAGAGGAUGUUGGGAAAGGCUCCCAACAUCUAUUUCUGCUCCUGCUGGAUGUUCUUCUCCCCUGUGCUGGUCAUGUGCAUUCUGAUCUCCAGCAUCGUCCAGUACACACCCGCUCGCUAUGGGAAGUCCUACACAUACCCUGUCUGGGCAGAGGUGGUGGGCUGGGGAAUCUCCCUGGUCUCCAUCGUUUGGAUCCCCCUGGGAGCCCUGCAUGAGAUCUGCAGAAAUAAGGGCACACUGAUGCAGAGGAUAAAAACAUCCAUGACUCCUACAAUAGAGUUGGACCGCGUCAACCAUCUACCAGAGAAGGAGAGAGUGGACAUCCCGGAGUCUGUCGUCUUUAUCACUCAUCUGUGAACAGGGACAAAAGCACUGUGUCUAGGUUCGUGAGUCACAGUGACUGUGUGAGUCCUCUAUUAGGAUAGGGAGGUGGGGAGGUUGUUGGGUAGUUUAUGUAAAUAACUUCAAGUAUUUAUUCUAUGAAUCACUGAUACCAUGACACCUAACCUAUAGUGAAAUAGACAGGGUAAACAGUCAAGGUAAGACCAUAGGUUAUGGACCUCAAAGAUGUCCUUCAAGUGCCAUGACAUGUCCUUGCCCGGAAGCACUUUAUUGCCUUACAGGUACUGGAUACCCAAGUGCUUACACACACUUUUUUUAAUAAUACAAACAUUACAGGGUAGCCUACUCUGACACUUACAAACAUAUUAAUAAAAACGAUGAUGUCUGAUUCAUGUAAUUGGCCAACGACAAGGGGAGACACCAAUACAAUAUGACGUCCAUCUAACCUGGAGGAGGAAAUGAUUGUCCAAAAACAAAAGUGGCGCAGACCCAAUGACAAAGACCGUGAAUAUGCAACCCUCACCGGGGAUAUGUCAAUACAAAAACAUAUCAAAUCAUUCAAACUCGGCUACACCAGGAAGCAUGAUUCGGCCACAGAGGAUCAAUAGCUUCUUACUCACCUGGGAUAUGGCUGAUGUUCUCCGCUGCUUCCAAUAAGAUGGGCUACUGUUCGCUCAAUUAAGCAUUUUGAUAACUAAAAGACCGGUUGGAGUCUAUUCAUUGUCAUGUCUUUAUAGCAAUUUGCUUUCCAAACAGUUUUUCCGCGAUUGUAUUUUUUUAAGUAUUGCGAUAUGCCUGUCUGGGUCUCUGCUUGUUUUAAAUUGCAUAGCCUACAGUCGGAAGGUCCAGAAAUCUGGGCAGCGAGCGCUGCAAAUACCAAAUAGGCUAGAUUAUUGUUGAGUUGCAACUGUCAGUGAAAAGGCAGAGACCCAGCCAGGCAUAUCGCAAUAUUUAAAAAAUACAAUCGCGGAAAAACUGUUUUGUGUUGACAGGAUCAAGCUAAUUAGGCUAUAUCAUUUUGGCAAUUUAAUUAAAUGUACUUUAGGGAUAGCUUAGCUUCCCAUAGCCUUUUGUACACGCCGCCUAUGCCUUUUAAUGUGGCAUAAACACAACGUUUUCAUCUAAUUGUCAAACAAUGACUUAACAACAGCGCUCUAGUAGGCUACACACGCACGCACAUUCGUCCAAUCCAAACCCCAUCAGUGCAACUGCAAUUUGAUGAAUGGAAAGAGACAUCUGUUAUAAAACAUCUACGUGUAUUGUAAUGACAUUCUGUGAUUGUCAUUAGGCCUACACUUGUAGCCUGAAUUGAUGCAUCCACUGUUGUCCACGCGCGCCUCAGUGACCGCCACUCAUCUCCGCCUUUACAAAGUGGAGGCUAAGUGUUCUCCUCAAACCACAAUGCAAUUUGGCGCAUAUACCACCCAGUUUCAAGUCAAAUCGCAAAUUGUUCAUGCUGCUGACAUGCAGUAAUGUUAAAUAAUGGUGUAAUAGGCUCACGUUUUACUAGUACGGCGUACCCCCAAUAUUUAAUUUGCCAGGACGCGGUACCGCCUUACUUUCACCCCUGAUUAUGAUAUGGUAAAACAUCAUAUUCAUCAUGCCACAAGACUAUGAACUCCGAAGGACAACUCGUCCCUCUGGUAAUCUCUUCAAUCAGCUAUUCUCUCCGCGGGACCUAACACAUUGUGUCUACCAACAUAAAUUGACGAACAAUUUUCACCAAAUCUAAAAGCCAAUGUAGCCAAUACACACACACACAGGAUAGCCUCCGAUAGCGGUAUAUUUCAUAUCAACCGAAAAAAAUGACACACUGAUCAACUCCGCUCAGCCUUAGACUGAUGAAGCAUCCACAGUUGCAACCAAUAGGUGGCUGCUCAAUGCAACAAAUGAUGGCUAGGCAAAUCAGCGAGAAAACAAACCUUUUCCCCUUCACCAGAUCGAUUACAUGGACUAAGGUCCACAUUGAAUCAACAUCGUCACCUUGUGGCCAAGGUUUUUACUCACAGUGAGGUCAGAUGAGGCUCAGGUAAAUAUUGAUCAACAAAGUAAAAAUCCCUCGUUCUGCCCCUGAACAAGGCAGUUAACCCACUGUUCCCCGGUAGGCCAUCAUUUUACAUAAGAAUUUGUUCUUAAAACUGACUUGCCUAGUUAAAUAAAGGUUUUAAAAAUAUAUAUGCAAUUAGAUGUAUAGAGGUUAACUGUGAGGAAGGAAACCACUGCAGUGCUGCUAUGACAUCUGUUAGUGGGGAGAGUCCAAUGUUCUGACAUCAUUCAUCAGCAGUUUUUACACUUGAAUGGACUUUGAAGUUUUGGGGUUCUGGUUGGAGUUUUCUAUUUUACUUGCUCUGCCAAAGUGUGUUCCUCAGUUGUGUGUCUUCGUGUUUGUUACAACAAUGACAAUUGGAUCUCAGCUUUACAAGGAGUGCCUUUUAUCAUUAAAAGAUCCAAUGACAUUGGAAUUGUCAUGGACUGAAAGGCUCAAAUAAAUAAAUAUGAUUAGACAUGAUUUAGAUGGUAAAAUGUAUGAAAUAAAUACAAUGGGGUCUUUUGAGGGGUCACAUAAAUAUGUGACUAAGUGAAGAUACAUUUGCCACCUGCCACAAGUGCCAUGUAUCAAAAAUAUUGAUUUUGGAUUGUCAAUACUUUGAUGAAAAUACCCAAAAUAUAGAGAUUAUCACCAAUCCAUUUUAAGGAUCAUUAAAACAUUCACACAAUUAUAUAAUUUAGUGUUAACUCUCUUUUGAUAUAAAACAAGAUCAAAUUCCCAUUUAGUUAGCUGUUUAGAUGCAUUUUGUGUCUGUUUGUCAAACAGCAUUUAGUUUUGACUAAUUCGUUUAUGAUGACAAUCGUCUAUUUCUACCAUUGCACAAACCACAAUAAGGGGUUAAAAAUAUAAUCAUGCCUGAUACACUUGUUAUUCUAUGCAAUUGUAUGGUUGUCACAAAAUGCGGGGUUACUGCUGCUGGUUGUUUUUUAUUCAUUAUUCUCAUACAUUCAAACCAAAUAUUUUAUACAUUUAAUUUAUUUUCAAAUGUUUUUUGUUGUAUAAAACUAAAUGUUUUAUGAAAUAACAAACACACUGUUACUAUUUCUCCAUUAAGUUCUCCAUGGUGGUACUACUUUAAUGGUAGAAAUGUUUAUGCUCAUAUUACGCUUUUAAAAUAGCAACUUUCUCCUUUUUAAAAAUUGAUUUAGCAUUUAAUAAUUUCUCUUUUUUUUAUUUACAUGUAUCUUGUUUAAAGUGUACUUUCAGUUUGACUUAUUUUUUUAUAUCUGAAACGUUGAAAAAGAAAAUUUGAUUCAUAAUACCUGUUUAUCACGCAGAGCUAUUUGUGUCAAAUAAAGAACAUUAUUGGCAAA